UCCGUUAAGAGACAAAUAACAGCUGAAAUUGACUUUUGUUAUCACUGGUGUACUUUGCUCUAUUUACUAAAUGGUUUAUGUAUAAUAAUUAAAUUUAACAACUUUAGGGAAUGCAGCAGCGCCGUGAAUUCAUUGGGAAAAAUCCAUUGGAUUUCCGAAAUGCGCGAGCGCGUCAACCUGAAAUUAUCCGAUCCGUGCAAAAGGAUUCGAAAUAUACUGACGAGCUCGCAGAAGAUUUCUCGGAUUUACUUCGCAUAGGCGGUUCAAGGCGUUGGAUAAAAUACAAUCAAUUGUGUAAACUUUUUGCAGAAAUUUCUUAUCAUGGAUUUGCUUCAAUAUAUAAUUUGCAAACUCUUGGAGAGGAAUACACGGGUACUAUACAAGUUGAUAGUGCUUAUAUGCAUAUCCCCUCACGCUUGUUACAGUUAGUGGCUAUCAUACUUGAAUUCGGUGGAGAUGCAUUAUUUCUACGGGUACUUGAAAAACUUGAAAGAUGUAUAGUUAACAAUGAGGAAAUUGUACCAGAGGCCAAGCAGAAACUGCUAACAGUAGUGCGCGUGAUGCGUUGUUCUCCCCAAUAUAUUAAGGCUCUACAUAAAUCACUAUUUUAUCUGCGCUCUGACAAAUAUCAAAUAUCCAAGCGCAUGACGGGAAUAAAUUAUGUGCUGAUACGACAUUGGCUGCAACCAGAAUUUUCACUAUACGGUUAUAAAAUACUUGGUAUUAUAACCUUUUUGCAAGUUACAGUGUCUUUAGUUGUAAAUUUCUAUGAAGCAUGGAAGGAACAAAGAAGGAAGCAGUUAGAAACCAUAAGUAGCACUGCAAGAAUUUUAUUAAACAAAGAUCAAGCUGCUGCAAAGGGACAACAGGCUGAAGCGCCUAAAUGUAUACUCUGUCUUGAGCCGCGUAUGAGUACGUGCUUAACCCCAUGUGGUCAUUUAUUCUGUUGGAACUGUUUAUUAGAUUGGUUAGACGAACGGGAUGAGUGUCCGAUGUGUAGAGAAAAAGUAAAAAAGUCCAAUCUAAUCCCACUGCAAAAUUAUUUAUAAUUUAGGAUGCCUUAGAAUAACAUGUUUUGUAUUUGUCAUAGAUUGAAAUAUAUAUAAGCUAGUAUUUUCUUAAUA